UGCCAUUACUACUGGAUAUUCAACAAUUUAUUUAUCCAAAUUCACUGUAGUUAAAGAGGCACUCCAGAUUUUAAACCUGAAAUUCAGUUUACUCGUUUACCCUAAUGAGGUCAUCAGGGUUAUCUCAGAAUAGGCUUGAGAGCUAACAUUUUAAACAGAAAGCCUAAGUUACAAACUGAUGGUGUGGCUUGAAAGAAGUGGGCAUUUAGAAGGCAGGGAGGGUCUAAUGAAACAUAAUAUUCAGUUGCAUUAUGGGGAAUGUAGGAUCCAGUGUUUCUGGAGCUUGACCCAUGCUAGGGACUAAAGGUCAGGAUAUCUCGGCCUCUGCUACUUCAAUUUUUGACUAUUCUUUUUUAAUCUGUCUCUUGUGAGUUAUCCAACUUUAUAAAAAAAUCCAAUAUUGCUGGAGUACCCAUUUAAUGGUAACAUGAGGAAGCUCAGCAUAGUAAAGUCAGGCUAAUAUUUUAUUCUUAUCUAGAUAGAUUUUUUUUUUAAUUUUCUAUUAAUGUUGCAAUGUAAGUUCAGCUUUAAGUUCAUUUUGCCAAUGUCUAAUGCAUAAAACUGAGAAAACGUACUUGCUCACAGCUCGUCUCAAGAUAAACAAAGUCUAGACAGUUUUCUGAACUGCUGAUAGAGGGCAGAGUUUGACGAAAUGUGCAGAGCUGGAAGUGAGUUAGAUUGCUGAUUUCACUAGGAAGCAAAAGAAUAAUCUUUUUCAUUUAGACAAAUAAAAACGUCCUGGAUAUGCCAUUAGUGGAAUUCUAUUAAUCAGUGUAUACAUUUAUGAUAUUUGGCAGAGUUGAUUACAAUGGAAUCAAAAUCAGGGAAGCUAUGCAACCUAAACAUUUUCCCUGAUAGCUGUUUUUUUAAUUGUAUUUUAUAAAAUUGCUCAGCAUGGAAGCAGCAAAUGAUAAGAGAGAGCACCAUCUAUGAGAGGGACAUAGUGAUAUUGUGUAUUAGUAUUUAUAUACCCCUUUAUUUAGGCUACAUUAAAAUCAAGAGCUUCGUUUGAGAAGCUAAUGAGUACGCGGCCAUUUCCAGUUCACAGAGGACUAUGUGAAAUAAACUAUUUUCUUUUGAUUAGGAGCAGUUUGUGAAAAGUGUGUUUUAUAAACAGUCAAAUAUUUUACCUUCUUUUUAAAAGGCUGUCAAAAGUAAACAAACAACACUGACAAUCUAGCUAACAAGACAAGAUCAAAACAAGGACCGCAUAGCUUUAGUACCCAUCUUCGCGUUGACAGAGACAGUGUAAGAAGUGUGGCGUUAAUUAAUAAUUUUUUGGUGCUCUCAUUGUUCUGAUGUACAAACUCAUCUGUGAUCAAAUAAUCAGAGCAUCUACUGUCAAGAUGUUUGAUUGUGAACGCGGCUAUUGUUUCUAUAUUGCUUUUUCUGCAGCAGUAUGUAUCACAUAAACAUUAUUGUAUCCUUAAGUCAUGAAAUAUAAAAAUAAUAAGACAAAGGAUAUUCACUGUAUGUCAGCAAAACAAAGAUAAAUUACAGAUUGUAUUUUAAUGUGAUUAAUCAAAUGAUGAGUGAAGGAGGACCAUUUAAAAGUGUCACUUUAAGGUCUGCAUACAGUAACUCAGUAACCCUCAUGAAUUCACAUCAAGGUUUUAUGUCAAAGCCUGUCACCUAGCUUAAUAAUCUUUUUGGGUACCAUUCCAGAUUUUUGUGUUUUAAGAGUAGCAGCCCACCUCUCCCUCCCUCCCUCCCUCCCUCCCUCUUCUCUUCUCUUCUCCCGCUACUUCUUUUGAGGGGUAAACACACACGCAAAGCUCCUCAGCCUAUCAUCUGUGACCGCCGCUACAGCCAGACAGCGUAACACGAUCCAUGAUAGAGUGGUGCAAAUCGCCCAGCGCUUUCGUCUACCAUCUCACAGAAGGAGGGGGAGAAGCCCAUGAGAUAGGUUGAAUUAAAAAAAAAAAAAAAAAAAAAAAAAAAAGGACAGGAAAGAAGAAAGCGAAGGAGGAGGUGGAGAGCUGCUGUGGAGUGCGGCAGUGGUGGCUGGCAACUAAAACGAUGCUGGUGUGACUUUCCGGUCCACUAGGUUUUAACCCUUUUGACAUCGCUUGAGUGCCAUCCAUGUGUCAGUGUGAUAGUGUUCUCGUGCAGUAUGUGGCUCGUGUAGCAACAGUGGGAAGAGGAGGAGAUCUGGAGCAUUUGUAAAUCCAAUACAAGGCAGCAUCGCAGCCUGAGAAGUGGACCUUGCUACAGUAAAGCCUCAGUGGGAAAUUGCUACAGGCAUUCUUUAAGGUGACCAUCUAUCUAGUCAGCAAGGCCCACCUCCUCUCCCACCAGCCCCGCCACCACACAAGCAGCAUCCGUCCAUCACAUCCCUGAGUCGCAGCUCACUGGCCAAUCAGAGGAGCCCAAGCCCGCCGCCCACAGGCGGCCUGGCGGCCGACUUGCAGAGUACGGCGGAAUGCGUCCAGCUGCAGGACAGCUGGGUCCUGGGCAGCAAUGUGGCCCUGGAGAGCAGGCAUUUUCUUUUUAAAACGGGCACAGGAACGACACCUUUCUUUGGCGCAGCUGCCCCUGGUUACACCAUGGCAACGGGAACAGUUUACUCCACACCGGCGCGCCCUUUGCCCAGAAACAGCCUGUCCAGAGGGGCUUUCAAGUUCAAGAAGUCACCUAAACAUUGCUCCUGGAAGUGCACCGCCCUGAUCGCUGUGGGGAUAGCUGUGGUUCUGUCCAUCAUUCUCUGCUACUGCAUAGCAAUGCACCUUUUCGGCCUCAAUUGGCAGCUCCAAGAGUUGGACAACCAGCCGGCUUUUGAAAACGGAGGAGUUGGGAAGACAGGGCCCACUCAGUCGAGCAUAGUGACAGCUCUGGCUGCUGACGGAAGGACUAGCGUGCUUCAUCAGGAGAACAACUCCAUCGAUACCGGACAGGUUGACAUAGGGAAGAGGGUGGGUCAGAGCGUCCCACCAGGCGUAUUCUGGCGUUCUCAACUGAGCAUGGAGCAACCACGCUUCCUUAAGUUCAACAUCUCGGUACAGAAGAAUGCACUGAUUGGAGUUUAUGGACGAAAAGGUCUUGCACCGUCUCACACUCAGUAUGACUUUGUGGAGCUGUUGGACGGCAGCCGGCUUAUCGCCAAAGAGCAUCGGACUGUGAGUGAACCAGAGACAAGGGCCCGGCUGGACCAUCAGGUCACCAUCCACCAAGCCGGAUUCAUUCAGUACCUGAACUCAGGGGUGUGGCACCUGGCGUUUUAUAAUGAUGGACGAAACGUGGAGGCCGUGUCCUAUAACACCAUCAUCCAGGAAUCUGUCACGGAGUGCACACACAACUGUUACGGGAACGGAGAGUGUGUGGCGGGAUCCUGUCACUGCUUCCCAGGAUUCAUAGGGCCAUACUGUUCCAGAGCUGCCUGUCCGGUCCUGUGCAGCGGUAAUGGCCAGUACACCAGGGGGCGCUGUCAGUGCUACAGUGGAUGGAAGGGCACUGAGUGUGACAUUCCUGCCUCCCAGUGUAUUGAUCCUCAAUGCAGUGGACACGGACUGUGCGUGGCAGGCAACUGUGUGUGCAACACCGGCCACAAAGGAACCAACUGUGAGCAAGUCGACUGUGUGGACCCGAUGUGCUCCGGUCACGGAGCCUGUCAUCAUGGUGAGUGCCACUGUAACCCGGGCUGGGGAGGGAUCAGCUGUGAGAUCCUGAAGAGCACUUGUCCAGAGCAGUGCUCCAGUCACGGCACCUUCAACACUGACUCGGGAACCUGCAUCUGUGAGGCCAACUGGACAGGGGCCGACUGCUCCAUAGAGGUGUGUGUGGUUGACUGUGGUCCCCACGGCUCGUGCAUCAGUGGUGUGUGUCACUGCGAGGAAGGCUGGACAGGACCAGAAUGUGAGCAGAGGGACUGUCACCCACGCUGCAUUGACCACGGUGUCUGCCGAGAGGGCAAGUGUGACUGCCACCAGGGCUGGACGGGUGAACACUGCACCAUCGCCCUGGAUUCCAGAGUAUCAGGAGCAGUCAAGAUAGGAUAUAAAGACGGCUGCCCCGGGCUGUGCAACAACAACGGGAGGUGCGUCCUCGAUCAGAACGUCUGGCACUGCAUCUGCCAGUCAGGAUGGAGAGGGCUGGGAUGCGAUGUAGCGACCGAAACGCUCUGCUCAGAUGGCAAGGAUAACGAGGGAGAUGGACUCGUCGACUGCAUGGACCCAGACUGCUGCACUCAAAUCUCCUGCCAGGGUCAGACCUACUGUCGCGGCUCGCCUGACCCUGCUGCCAUCGCCGGCCAGGGCCAGAGUUCAGCCAUCCAGCCCACAUCCAAGGGCUUUUAUGAUCGCGUCAGUUUUUUGAUUGGUCCCAGCGGCAGUCACGUGAUACCCUGGGAUAACCCGUUCAACAGCAGCCUGGCGUCAGUCAUCCGGGGUCAGGUCCUCACGGGAGACGGGACACCACUGAUUGGAGUCAACGUGUCUUUUCUGCACUACCCAGAGUACGGCUACACCAUCACGCGGCAAGAUGGCAUGUUUGACCUCUUGGCCAACGGUGGUGCUUCUUUGACGCUGAGUUACGAGCGGGCCCCAUUCCCCAUGCUGUAUCGUACGGUGUGGAUGCCCUGGAACGUUUUCCAUGUGAUGGACACAGUGGUGAUGAAGCGGGAAGACAACGACAUCCCCAGCUGCUACCUUACUGGCCUGAUCAGGCCCAACCCCCUCAUCCUGGCUACACCCCUCUCCACUCUGUACAAGACCUCCCCAGAGGACAGUCCUAUCAUCCCCGAGACCCAGGUUCUUCAUGAGCAAGUGGCCAUACCAGGCAGUGACCUCAACCUGGUCUACCUGAGCUCCAGGGCAGCUGGCUACAAGCCCAUCCUCAAGGUGCUCCUGACCCAGGAUCGUCUCCCCUUUGGCCUGAUGAAGGUCCACCUGAUGGUGGCCGUCAUGGGCCGUCAGUUCCAGAAGUCUUUUCCUGCCUUCCCUGACCUCUCAUACACCUUCAUCUGGGAUAAAACAGACGCCUACAAUCAGAAGGUCUUUGGCCUGGCAGAGGCUGUGGUGUCAGCGGGAUAUGAAUACGAGUCCUGCCUUGAUGUGGUGCUCUGGGAGAAGAGGACGGCGGUGUUACAAGGCUAUGAACUGGAUGCCUCCAACAUGGGAGGGUGGACGUUGGACAAACACCACAUAUUGGACAUUCAGAACGGCAUUCUGUACAAAGGCAGCGGGGAGAACCAGUUCAUCUCUCUCCAGCCCCCUGUGAUCUCCACUGUCAUGGGGAACGGGCGGCGCAGAAGCAUCUCGUGCCCCAGCUGUAAUGGACAAGCCCAAGGCAACAAGCUGUUGGCGCCGGUGGCUCUGGCAUGGGGCAUCGAUGGAAGUCUGUACGUCGGAGAUUUCAACUACAUCCGACGCAUCUACCCAUCUGGCAAUGUCACAAGUAUCAUGGAGCUCAGAAAUAAAGACUUUAGACACAGUAACAACCCGGCACACCGGUAUUACCUGGCAACUGAUCCAGUAACUGGCCAGCUGUACGUGUCAGACACAAACUCCCGGAGGAUCUAUCGUCCAAAAACCUUAACCGGGACCAAGGAUCUGCAGUCGAACGCAGAGGUGGUGGCAGGAACUGGGGAGCACUGUCUGCCCUUUGAUGAGAACCACUGUGGCGAUGGAGGCAAAGCUGCAGAGGCAUCUCUCACUGGACCCAAAGGCAUCGCCGUGGACAAGAAUGGCGUGAUUUAUUUUGUUGAUGGCACCACAAUCAGAAAAGUGGACCAGAACGGCAUCAUCUCCACUUUCCUUGGUUCCAACGACCUGACAUCGGCUCGCCCUCUGACCUGUGACAACAGCAUGGACAUCAAUCAGGUGAUUCUGGAGUGGCCCACAGACUUAGCAGUUAGCCCCAUGGACAACUCGCUGUAUGUCUUGGACAACAAUAUUGUGUUGCACAUCACAGAGAACGGUCAAGUGAGCAUUGCAGCCGGCCGACCUAUCCACUGCCCAUUGGCUGGACUGGAGCGUGGUGUGGCCGGUGGUCAAAGGGCACAGUUAACCCCUCUAGAAUCUGCUGUUUGCAUCACCAUAUCUUAUCAUGGGGCCAUCUACAUAGCGGAGACAGAUGAAAGAAAGAUGAGCAGGAUCCGAAAGGUUUCUGUGGAUGGUGAGAUAACGCAUUUGGCUGGGGCUCCCUCAGACUGCGAUUGCAAGAAUGAUGCCAACUGUGACUGCUACCAGACAGGGGACGGCUAUGCCAAAGAUGCAAGGCUCAAUGCUCCAUCUUCUUUAGUGGCAGCUCCAGAUGGAACACUCUACGUGGCCGACCUGGGCAACAUCCGCAUCCGGGCCAUCUCUAGAAAUGGUCCAACUGUGACUUCCAGUGCCAGUACGUUUGAGGUGGCUUCCCCUGAUGCCCAAGAGCUGUAUGUGUUUGACAGCAACGGCACCCACCAGCACACUGCAAGCCUGCUCACUGGUGACUUGAAAUAUACUUUCAGCUACAGCACAGAGAAUGACAUCACAGCUGUUACUGACAGCAGUGGCAACACCCUGAGAAUCCGUAGAGAUCCUAACCGCACGCCGGUGCGUAUCGUCGCCCCUGACAACCAGGUGAUCUGGCUGACCAUGGGCACCAAUGGCGGACUGAAAACACUUACAGCGCAGGGCCAGGAGCUAGUGCUUCUUACCUACCAUGGUAACAACGGCCUGCUGGCUACAAAGACAUCAGAGAUUGGCUGGACAACUUUCUAUGACUAUGACAGUGAAGGACGGCUAAUGAAUGUGACGUUCCCCACUGGAAUGGUGAAUAACUUGUACACAGACAUAUACAGCGCUUUGACGGUGGAUAUUGAAAGCUCCAUGACGGAAGAGGAAAUCAGCAUCACCACGAAUACCUCAACCAUUCGUGCCUUCUACACUCUGGCUCAGGACCAAUGUAGAAGUAGCUAUCAAGUGGGCUUUGACAACUCGCUGAGGAUUACCUACGCCAACGGGAUGGACACCCACUACCAGACAGAGCCCCACAUUCUGGCAGGCGCUGCCAACCCAACUGUAGCCAGACGCAACAUGAGCUUGCCAGGGGAGAGUGGGCAAAACUUGGUUGAGUGGCGCUUCCGCAAAGAACAAGCCAGAGGGAAAGUUAUCGUGUUUGGACGCAAGCUUAGGGUGAACGGACGGAACAUUCUUUCUGUCGAUUAUGAUCGCACCCUGAGGACAGAGAAGAUUUAUGAUGACCACAGGAAGUUCCUCUUAAAGAUUAUAUAUGACACAGCAGGCCACCCAGUGCUCUGGGUGCCAAGCAGUAAGCUACUGCCGGUUAAUGUGAGCCGCACUAGCAGUGGGCAAAUCAGUGCCCUGCAGAGAGGUCCCACCACUGAGAGACUCGAGUAUGAUAGCCAGGGCCGCCUGGUUUCCAGAGUGUUUGCUGAUGGGAAGAUAUGGAGUUACACCUACCUGGAGCAGUCCAUGGUUCUCCUGCUCCACAGUCAACGGCAGUACAUAUUUGAUUUCGACUCUCUGGACCGGCUUUCUGCUGUCACCAUGCCAAGUGUAGCCCGUUACACCAUGCAGACCAUCCGUUCAGUGGGCUACUACAGGAACCUUUAUCACCCCCCAGAGAGCAACGCCUCAGUGGCUGUGGACUACAGCGAAGAUGGCCUCCUACUGAGAGUAGCUCACCUCGGCACAGGCCGUAGGGUCCUGUACAGGUACCGCCGGCAGAACAAACUGUCAGAGAUCCUGUAUGACAGCACAAGGGUCAGCUUCACCUACGACGAGACAGCAGGUGUGCUGAAGACCGUCAACCUGCAAAAUGAAGGUUUCAUCUGCUCCAUUCGUUAUCGCCAAGUGGGUCCGCUGGUGGACCGGCAAAUUUUCCGCUUCAGUGAAGAUGGCAUGGUCAAUGCACGCUUUGAUUACACCUAUGACAGCAGCCUGCGUGUCACCAGCGUGCAAGGCGUCAUCAACGAAACACCACUACCCAUUGAUCUAUACCAGUUUGAUGACAUCUCAGGAAAGGUUGAACAGUUUGGGAAGUUUGGGGUGAUCUACUAUGACAUAAAUCAGAUCAUAUCCACUGCAGUCAUGACCUACACCAAGCACUUUGAUGCACAUGGACGCAUCAAGGAGAUCCAGUAUGAGAUAUUCCGCUCACUCAUGUACUGGAUCACUUUCCAGUAUGAUGAUGUGGGCCGAGUCACCAAACGAGAGAUCAAGAUCGGCCCCUUUGCCAACACCACCAAGUACAGCUAUGAGUAUGACGUGGAUGGCCAGCUCCAGACUGUGUACCUGAACGAAAAAGUGAUGUGGCGCUAUACGUAUGAUCUUAAUGGAAAUCUGCACCUGCUGAAUGCAGGAAACAGUGCCAGACUUCUUCCUUUGCGCUAUGACUUGAGAGACCGCAUCACCCGCCUUGGAGAUAUCCAAUACAGAAUGGAUGAAGACGGUUUCCUCCGUCAAAGGGGAGCAGAAAUCUUUGAAUACAACUCCAAAGGACUUUUGGUGCGGGUCUACAGCAAGAGCAGCAGCUGGACGAUUCAGUAUCGCUAUGAUGGACUUGGACGCAGAGUGUCCACCAAGACAAGCUUGGGCCAACACCUACAAUACUUCUACGCAGACCUGAGCUACCCGGCCAGGAUUACACAUGUAUACAAUCACUCCAGUUCAGAGAUCACCUCGCUCUACUAUGACCUCCAAGGCCACCUGUUUGCUAUGGAGAUCAGCAGCGGGGAGGAGUUCUACAUCGCCUGUGAUAACACUGGCACACCUCUGGCUGUCUUCACUAGCAACGGCCUCCUGGUCAAACAGCUCCAGUACACAGCAUACGGUGAGGUCUACUUCGACUCAAACCCAGACUUCCAGCUUGUGCUUGGGUUUCAUGGAGGACUAUAUGAUCCCCUGACCAAACUGCUGCACUUCGGGGAGCAGGAUUAUGAUAUCAUGUCUGGAAGGUGGACUGUUCCAGAUGUCUCUACUUGGAAAAAAGUUGGCAAAGAGCCAGCUCCUUUUAAUUUAUACAUGUUCAGAAAUAACAACCCCAUCAGCAAAGUCUAUGAAGUGAGAGAAUAUGUUGCAGAUGUGAACAGCUGGCUUGUAACCUUUGGCUUUCAUCUUCACAACACCAUUCCUGGGUUUCCGGUCCCAAAGUUUGAUUUAAGCAUGCCAUCCUAUGAACUGAGGAAAAGCCAGCGCUGGGAUGAUCUGCCAUCUAUCUCUGGGGUCCAGCAGGAAGUAACCAGACAAGCGCAUUCUCUCUUGUCAUUUGAGAGGCUGCCAGAGGUCCAUCUCAGUCGAGGUCGCAGAGGUGAAAAGUCUUGGCUGUGGUUCUCAGCAGCAAUGUCUCCCAUCGGAAGAGCCGUUAUGUUUGCUAUCUACAAGGGUAGCGUUCACACUCACACACUCAACGUGGCCAGUGAGGACUGUAUCAAGGUUGCAACAAUCCUCAACAACGCUUUCUAUUUGGAAGACCUCCACUUCACUAUAGAAGGGCGGGACACACACUACUUUGUCAAACCAGGCCUUCCAGAUGCCGACCUUGCUGCAUUGCACCUCACUAGUGGACACAAGACUCUGGAGAAUGGUGUCAAUGUGACUGUUUCCCAGUCCACCACAGUCAUGGAUAGUCGGACUCGGCGUUUCGCAGAUGUGGAGAUUCGUGCUGGAUCUCUAGCUCUUCAUAUCCGCUAUGGAUCCACGGUGGACGAGGAGAAAGCGCGUGUUGUUGAGCUCGCUCGUCAGCGUGCCCUUGCAGGUGCGUGGGCAAGAGAACAGCAGCGAGUGCGAGAUGGUGAGGAGGGGGUCCGCCCCUGGACCGAGGGGGAGAAGAGGCAGCUUCUAAGUAGUGGAAAAGUUUUGGGGUAUGAUGGGUACUAUGUGCUCUCCAUUGAGCAGUACCCAGAAUUAUCAGACAGUGCUAAUAACAUCCACUUUCUUCGGCAAAGUGAAAUUGGGAAAAGGUAACAAUACGAGGUGCAUUUUCUGCCAAAGAGACUUAGUUUUGGUAGAGACAUACUAGCGGACAAACUGAAAAGCAGCUGUAAUCAAAGGUUGCUGUCAUGUACCCUGAGUGUCGAUGUGUUUUUGUAAAAAUAAAAAAUAAAAUUAAAAAGACAAAAAUACACAGGGUCUAAAGCAAUGCUGUGCAUUGUGACCUAGGGACUACAGAGUAAAUGUAUAACUACACCAAGCCUUAACAUGGCAAUUACAGGUCAGUUCCUCUGUUGCACAAGCCUUUUGGACUCUGGACUCCGAAGCAGAAGAAUAGUGGUGUCUUGACACCACUAUUCCUCUCCCAAACAGUGAGCCAAUUUACGUGGGUUUUUUUUUUUUGUUUGUUUGUUUGUUUUCAUCAAGCAAAGUCUGGCUCAACAUAAAGUAUUAUAAUAGCAAAGGGAAUGUUUACAUUAUGCAUAUCUGCACUUCUCUAGAAGUACAGGGCUGGAGGGUCACAAUCCUAGAGCAAGCAGUGUCCUUGAGCAAAUGUUUGUUUCUGACGUUAAGAGAUAUCCUCACCAAACAACCACUAUGUAUACCAGAUUUAGCACUGUAAACAUCAAAAUGUCUUAUUCUCUUUGAGAUGUUUUUAAACAGAAAAAAGAAACAGUUUCCAUGUUUAAAUACCCAAUAUUCAUUGUGGGGGAAAAAGGACAGUAAAGGUAUGAAGAACUCAGGCACAGAUGUGUCUUGGAUAGCACAGGGACAUCAUGUUUUGUAAAUUAUGCAAGAGUUGUUUUUUUAAGAAACUGAAUAAAUGUCUGUACUAGUCAUUAACAGUAAUUUAUUUUGUGUUUAUACAUGACGAAUAAAGUCCAGCUGAUUUUUAUUUUUAUUUAUUUUUUUCAGACAUGCAUUGCUUUUUUUUUUUUACGUUCCUCCUAAUAUGGCUAAUGUGAGGCUUCUUCACAAUGCUCUGUUUAAGUAAUUAACAGAAACCUGUGCAUGUAGUGACAAGUAUUUACAAGUGGUGAUGUAUCUAUAACAUGCAGUCAACUAUUAUUUCCACUAAAUUUACUGUUUAUUGGGCAUAAUGCCUUUUGACCUGGCUUUCUGUCCAAUGAAUAUUUCAUCAACACAAAUAUUUCAUGAACCCAUCUCACAUAAACAAGGUUACAGUGGAUCCAAAUAUAGAUGACAUCCAUGUUCUCAGUAGGUAUAAUUUUUUUGAAUGUUAAAUGCACUCAUGGAUUAAAAUUAUAUUGGGGUUCUU